CACAACAAAUAUUUCAGAGUGUGUGCGCGCGCUAGGUUUAGGUGCGAUUUAAAGAGGGAUUUUCAGUGAGAGAGAGAAGAAGAAGAAGAAAUGAGCAGGAGCUUGGGAAUACCGGUUAAGCUGUUGCACGAGGCAACGGGGCAUGUUGUGACUGUUGAAUUGAAAAGUGGAGAACUGUAUAGAGGAGGCCUGAUCGAGUGUGAAGACAAUUGGAACUGUCAACUCGAGAGCAUCACCUUCACCUCCAAGGAUGGGAAGGUUUCUCAACUAGAGCAUGUGUUCAUCCGUGGAAGCAAAGUCAGGUUCAUGAUAAUACCAGAUAUGUUGAAGAAUGCCCCAAUGUUCAAACGCCUGGAAUCUAAAAUCAAGGGAAAGAGCUCUGGACUAGGAGUUGGCCGAGGUCGUGGAGUUGCAAUGCGGGCAAGAGCACAAGCCACUGGACGUGGUUCUGCACCAGGUCGUGGAGUCGUUCCACCCAUAAGGAGGUAAUCUGGAAUCCAUAUGUUGGUAGCUGGUACCUGUUAGGAUUUGUUUGAUCUUUCUGAAUGGAGAAAAAUAGCACUAUUUAUAAUGAUUUAUAGAGGAGCUAUUUACUAUUUGUAGUAAAAUUAUUGGAAGCUUUUAGUUGUAUUAUCUUUCUUAAAUUCACUUCUUGAACUAUAUGCAUAAGAUUGCUUUUGUUCCACAUAUUCUUCUUUUGGCCAUGGUUAUUAGACACUAGUUCAAAUUCAAAUGUUGAUCUUCAAUUUGUCAAAGAAGCUGAUUGCUUUGAUUUUCAUCAGUUACCAU